AUGGGUUCCUACAAUUCCACGCUCAGUCCCAUCGAGACGUGCGUGAGUGCCAUUUGCAAUGGUCGCCUAGAGUGUUACCACCUGCCACAGAGUAACCUGGAUCAAACGUGGAACAAACUAUACAAUCUCGCUCUUUCUCAAUAUCCUCAGAUUGUCAUUCGACCCAACAAUGCUUCCGAAGUUUCUCAAGCGGUGAAGUGCGCCAGCGACAAUGGCUAUAAAGUGCAAGCUAGGUCUGGUGGCCAUUCCUAUGGGGAUUUCCAGAUGAACAACGAUACUUGGCACGCAAGCGUUGGAUCAGGUUAUAGACUAGACGACCUUGACAAACAGCUGCAUCAGAACGGAGGCAGAGCCAUUGCACACGGCACGUGUCCCGGAGUUGGAGUUGGCGGACACGCCACUGUGGGAGGACUUGGGCCCAGCUCAAGAAUGUGGGGAUCUGCGCUGGACCACAUCAUCGAGGUCGAAAUCGUAACCGCCAAUGGAACCAUUGUUCGAGCAAACGAAGACGACUACUCGGAUUUGUUCUACGCAGUCAGAGGAGCCGGAGCCAGUUUCGGCAUCGUCACCGAAUUCGUAUUCAAAACGCAUCCCGAGCCAGGCAGCGUCGUUGAAUACACGUACAGCUUCAGCUUUGGCCAGCAACAGGAAAUGGCGCCUGUAUUCGAACAGUGGCAGGAAUUGGUGUACGAUCCUACCCUCGACCGCCGUUUCUCGACAUUGUUCAUCGCUGAACCUCUCGGAGCUCUCAUCACUGGCACCUUCUACGGCACCAAGGAGGAAUUCGACCAAACGGGAAUCUCGCAAAAGAUUCCCGGCGGAGGAGUUAUCAAUGUCGCUAUACACGAUUGGCUUGGGAGUUUGGCGCAUAUUGGAGAGACGACGGCGCUGUAUCUAAGCGAUCUCGCAACGCCUUUCGCCAGCAAAUCAUUGGCAUUCAACAGAGGCGACAAGAUGAGCAAAGAGUCUAUCGACACGAUAUUCGACUAUGCGGGCAGCACGGAUGCAGGAACACUCCUCUGGUUCGUCAUCUUCAACUCUGAAGGGGGCGCCAUGGCAGAUACUCCUUAUAACGCAACUGCGUAUCCGCACCGCAAUGCAGUGAUGAUGUACCAGUCUUACGCCAUUGGAAUACCGACAUUGACAGCAACGAUAACCGAUUUUGUUUCUGGAGUGCAUGACAAGAUUAAGCAGGCUGCUCCAGGGGCGAACAUGACAUAUGCUGGGUACAUUGAUGUGUCGUUGGAUAGAUCGACUGCGCAGCUGACUUAUUGGGGGGAUAAGGUGCCUGGGCUGCGAGAGAUUAAAGGUCGGUAUGAUGCUAAUAAUGUAUUUCAGAAUCCACAGAGCAUUCAAUUCCUGGGUUAG